AUGCAAAACGAUUUUCUUCUACCCACCGCAAGUGAUCUGCGCUUUAUGCAGAGUUCCACUUCUUCGUUCCCUUCUUCUAUUAGUAGCGCCUCUUCUACUAGUUCAACUAGGUCGGACGCGCAAAGCGCUCCACCUGAGUUAACUCAGUUAUUUGAUGCCAUCUGCCAAAAUAGCGCGGAGUUGCUUCGACUCAGAGGUAGAGAAUUACCUACCGAGUGGAACAUAGCAGAUCUUAUUCAGGCUGUUAUGGGAGACGAGGCUCUUCAAAUUCCAGGACACCUUCAAGCUACCUAUUACGAUGUUCUUUUAAGGGGGUCUUCGAGUUGGCUUUUAGAAGAUCUCUCGAAUUUUCUAGAUUUAACCUACAAUGUCCUCUAG